AUGAACACCUGCAGAAUUUACGAAGCUGGGUUCAGAAUAGGAUGAAGGAUUGUCAAAGCGUCGGUUGUCACCGGGAACUGUCGGGGUGGUACACGGUACAUUUACAUGAUCGAGGUACCUUUCUAUGCUUGAUUCCUUUGAUGUCAAACAAUGUUACUAUACAUGUACCUGAAGUACUUGCUAGCUCUGAUACCCUUCAUUGUUGCAAUUCUCGCUCAUGAUGACUCGAACCUCAUCGCCAAGACUCCGCCGUGCGCUCUCACAUGUUCGAUAAACCUCUUAUCCUCGAUCUGCGACCUUUCUCAGAUCAGCAGCUGUCUCUGCGUUAACGAAACACUACAAGCAGAACUCUCAAUAUGUGUCCAGAAAUCGUGUAUCUGGUCUGAUCAACUUGUUGCAGCGACAGUCGAAAAUGAGCUUUGUGCGGGGUAUCCGGAACAAGAUAAAAGCGCACAUGUCAGAGCUAUAUCGAUCGCGUUCUUCUGUACCACGAUACCAUUUUUGGGGCUGAGGUUGUUUGCUAGGUGGAAGGUGGCGGGGGAGUUGUUUACUGAUGAUUGGGCGGUUAUGGUUGCUUGUUUCUGGGUUGUUGUUGGAGCUGGGCUUGAGAUUACAGCUUCUGAGAAAGGGUUUGGUAAACAUUAUUGGAAUGUGCCUGUUGAAAAUGCUGAGCUCCUGCUAAAGUUGUUCUACGCCUUGCAAAUAGUAUACAUCAUCAUACAAGUCUCCGCGAAAGCCUCUCUUCUCUUACUCUACCACCGCAUCUUUCCAGAUGAACGCUUUAAGAGGAUCGUCCAAGCUUGUAUGGCCUUUGUUGGUCUGCAUGGAGUUAUUUUUAUCAUCGUCAUACUAUUUCAAUGCUUGCCCCUAGCAUCUAUUUGGAAUCAUGCAAUCGAAGGACAUUGUGCGAAUCUCCAAGCUAUCGCCUAUGCAGGUGCUGCGUUCAGCAUCCUUGAGGACCUGGUCAUAUUGGUCCUUCCUUUGCCUCAACUGAAUACUCUGAGUCUGCCAUUAAAUAAGAAGCUGGGGCUUAUGUUGAUGUUUAGUGUUGGUUCUUUCGCCUGUGUAACCAGCAUGGUGCGACUGAAAUUCAUCGCCCAAGUCAGCACAACUUAUGAUAUAUCAUGGACAAAUGUCAAUAUCUUAAUAUGGUCCGUAAUGGAAGUCGACGUAACACUCAUCUGUGCAUGCCUGCCCGCUCUGCGACCCCUCAUCCUCCAAUACAUACCGGGCCUCUACAAAUCAGCGAUAUCGACUACGAAAUCGACAUGGAAUGGGUCGUAUAGGAUGCGGAAAUGGAGGUCGAUGAAUGAACUGAGGCCCAAUCCGCAGCUUCCGAAGUCAAGUAGCGCAAUCGGGGUCCAGGCAGAAUAUGUGUAACAGAUAUUGCAGGGCUUUAUUGGGCGCUAUGGCGCACCAGUAGCGUUAGAAACUUUAGAUAAUGAAAUCAAGGUUGAAGAAGUGGUUGUGUCAAGUAAUCGUUGAGCACGUUUUAGUGUAACUUACAACCUGGCAUUGACACGUUCGGGAGCAUAUGCAUGCAAAAGUGCGCAGGGUCC